ACCGCUGCCGCCUCCUCCUCUCCGGCGAGGGGCGGGGGGCUCCGGCCCGGUGUGGGCACCACUCCUCGCAGCGCCGCUCCCCUCCCUGCCCUCCGCUAGGGCCCUGGAGCUGGCGGGGGCGCCCGCUGCCUUCUAGGAGCGCACGCUCUCCGCGCGCCCUGCGGGAGAGAGGGGGCGGGCGUGGGCGGGGGCGGGCGGGCGUCGGGGCAGCCGGGACCCCGCAAGGCGGCGAGAGGAGGGGGCUGCCUCGGAGGAUGCCCGGCGGCGGCUCCCCGCUCUUAGACGCGAGCUGAGCCGGACCCAGAGCGGGCGGCGCGUCGCCAUGCCGGUGUGACGGGCGCCCCCGGCUGCCCGCGCGGUCCCCGGCGCUGCCCCACGCCGCGCCGCGCCGGCGCCGGGCGGCAGGAUGGGCUGUAUCCAAAGCAUUACCUGCAAGGCGCGGAUCCGGCGCGAGAACAUCGUCGUGUACGAUGUGUGCGCCACCAUCGACCAGUGCCCCACGCGCAUCGAGGAGACCUCGCCCAUCGUCCUGCGCUACAAGACCCCCUACUUCAAAGCUUCGGCCCGCGUGGUCAUGCCCCCCAUCCCCCGCCACGAGACCUGGGUGGUGGGCUGGAUCCAGGCGUGCAACCAGAUGGAGUUCUUCAACACCUACAGCGACCUGGGCAUGUCAAGCUGGGAACUGCCUGACUUGAGGGAAGGGAGAGUAAAAGCCAUCAGUGACUCAGAUGGGGUGAGCUACCCUUGGUACGGGAACACCACAGAAACUGUGACUCUGGUUGGCCCCACCAACAAGAUCUCCAGGUUCUCCGUCAGCAUGAAUGACAAUUUCUACCCCAGUGUGACAUGGGCAGUGCCAGUGAGUGACAGCAAUGUGCCACUGCUCACACGGAUCAAGAGGGACCAAAGUUUCACUACCUGGCUGGUGGCCAUGAACACGACCACAAAAGAGAAGAUCAUUCUGCAGACCAUCAAGUGGAGGAUGAGGGUGGACAUUGAGGUGGACCCUCUUCAACUUUUGGGGCAACGGGCCCGGCUGGUGGGCAGGACUCAGCAGGAACAGCCCCGGAUCCUGAGCCGGAUGGAACCCAUACCUCCCAACGCACUAGUGAAGCCCAAUGCCAACGAUGCCCAGGUCCUCAUGUGGAGGCCCAAGCGGGGACCACCUCUAGUUGUGAUCCCUCCUAAGUAGAAGCAGACUGGCCUGACUGUGUGUGGAGCAUAUGCCACUGAGACACGCAGUGAGGUUGCCAGGGGUGGCAGGAGCCAAACUGAGUUUCUGAGCCAAAGCAGACCUCGUGGUUUGCCAGCCUUUGCAGCCACUUGUGAAGAGUAGAGCUGCUCCUUGGGUGGUAGAACCAUAAUCCUUAGGAAAAAUCCCUUCCUUUUAGGAAUAAAGAAAAUCGCUGCUCUGAACGACUUGAUGUGAUUACCAUGCAAGUAGCCAUAUUUUGGAGCUGACCAGGAUGAUUCUUUUAUCUGAACUAUUGACCAUUUCUUUCCUGUGAGAGGCAGGGGAUGGAAACAAAAUUAAACAGUGCCUGUGGCAAAUGCUGCUUCCCAACCAAUUAGAAGUGAGAGUGAAAACAUCCCCAUCAGGUGUUUGUAAGACAUAUGUCCCAUUGUCUAACUGGAGGGUGCUGGGGAAUGGGGCGGAAUGAAAGUGAAUGGGCAAUGGAAAGAGGAGGGGAUACCUUUGUUACUGCAAAGUAAUACCUGUGCAUGUAUUAGUUAAUCAUCAGAUCAUCAACACACUCACUGAAACGAAAGAAAUGCUAAGAAAACAAAAUAUGUUGGUUCCGUACCGAGGGAGAGCCUCCUAGGAACUGUCCAGGGUGCUGACGGUGGUUCUAGUUGAUGAUGAUGACAGCAUUUCCAUCUACCCACAUCUUUCCAGAAACUGUUUAUUCAAAGUAUCCUCAGUCACAGUAUUUGGAUAGAUAGUUUCUGAAUUCUGCAAUUGCUGUGAUAUUUGGGGCCUUCACCAUGUUUUUACUGAAACCCAAAUUGUGAUUUUGUUUGCAGCUGCUGCUUCUCUUCCCAUUACCAGCCCUAAAUUUACAAAAAGAUAAUUGUUUAUAAGGCACGAACCCAUGCAGAGUUUCAAGACCAUUUCAACAAGUAAGAAUAGUAUUUUGCUGUUACACAUUCACACAUGCAAACACACAUGCCAGCAUGAUUGCUAGCAAACCUGCUAGCUGUAUCUGCCUGUGUGCUUAUAGCUUUUAUGCACACACAGUACAUAUGCUGUGUAUCUGUGUAUGUUUAUUUUAGCUCAGUUUCACAGAAGCUCAACUUUAACUACUUGAGCAUUUGUGAGAAAGUGCUUCAUAAUGCUUACCUUCAGACUCUUAAUGAAAAUCUGAGCUACUCACAGCAAACAAACCUGUAUUGGUGAGAUCCAACCAAUAAGGAUGAGAGGCCAUAUUUCCUCGAGUCAGGACAAUAUAAGUUUUUAAAAGUAUCCAAUCUUUGCCAUAAGGAUCACCACAAAAAAGAACUUUUAAAUCGUUACAAAAGAACUUUUCCUUUUAUUCUUGAUAAUGCUAAUUUUGAUAGCUAGAUAGAUCCUCGUCCAAAACCCCCCAUGCAAAAUAAUUCUAAAACUCCCACAAUACCAUUGUGGAUUUUAUGAGUGGAUAUUGCCAGCCUGAUUUCAGAGUUGAGAAAGUUAAGGUUCGUGCAAUUAUUAUAAUCCCAUGGUUGGCUCCAUUGAUCUAUCUUUUAUCUGAGUUUGAAGAUGGAGAAUAAAAAGCAGGAAGGUUUGUUUAGUACUUUUAUUAAAAAUGGAGUUUAGUCUCAUUUACUUCAGGUUACUUCAGGUCACAGGAGUAGGUGCUUAUUUACAUGAGAAGUUUAACAGAUCCACUCCAAAUUUUAACCUCACACCCUAACCACCAAUUCCUCUCUUAUAGAUUAGUUAUUGAUGGCAAGCUGAGCUAUUUAUAACACCACAUUAAUGACACAUCAGUGACUCACAGAAGACCUGGAGACAUUCCAUUUAGAAACAGUUCAACUGUUACAUUUGGAUUUCCCUGUCCUUUCCUAUCUCUCCUUAUUUUAUGGGAGAGGUAGUCUCAGAGAGCUCCAUGGUUUAAAUACAAAGCUGCUUAAUAUUCCAUGUUGACAUCAGAAAUAGGAAUCUCUCCCUGUGAUUGAAUUAGAUGUUACCCUUAUGGAAUUCUGGAGUGUUGAUACUGAUCCUGAAAUCUAAUCUUUAUGGCCCUACUUUAAGAAAACCUGAUAUUUAAAAAUCUAAAAUUGUAACAAACAGAAGGUUAAAGAGGAAAGGUUUUUUUACAUUACAAAAUGCUACGCAAGAUUUCUGCCCAUGAGAAUAUGAUAUGACUUACACAAUUAUGUUUACACAUAGCAUAACUUUUUCCAGGGCAUAUCUGUAUUUAUAAAUGCUACAUACUUAGUUAGACGUUUUUCCCACUGAAAACUCACAUUUUCUAGAGUUUUAAAAAAAAUUACCCUGGGCAAGUUUUCUGGAAAAUUAGGUAAUAACAAAAAUGAGAGAAAUAGAUAGGAAGGUACUUAUAAAAGUUAAAGGUACUGUGCAAAUAUACAUUAUGAUUAUUGUCAGUGAUAGUGCUGUGAACUCUUAGUUGGGUGUCUCAGUUCUGAAGUCAGCCUGGCAGAAUGUUCUAUUGCUCUGUGGCCUAUUAUUUUGAAGUUAGAGUUGCUUUACAAGGAAAUAGUGUCUUUUCUGUCAUCCAUAGGUCAUUACCUUCCAGCUUAGUUGGAUUUGGCAAAGGAAAGUCUCUCCAACAAGAGUGAAUUCACCUUGAAAUCUCUGUUUGGGUCACCUCCAUCCUCCCAUCAGGCCUUUCUUUCCCUGACAGUCCCUGUGUCUGACACCAGAUGCCGUCAGUUUAAAGGGGGUCGUGCGGUGCCUCGAUUAGGUUUUAGUUGGGUAGUCUUAGUACUAUAUUUGGAUUCUAAAUACACAUACAUACCACAACAGUCUCUUAGUGGCACAAGAGUUCUUAAUUCCUGUGUGGAAAAGAGCAUUUUAUUAAGUCAUAAAUUCCUCAUAGAUUCCUUUGAGAUUUUUUUAUUCCAUAAUCUCAAGGAAAUUGAGGUCUCAUCUAUUCAGGGUCACAUCAUUCUCUGGGUCAUAAUCAGCAGCAGAGCCAAGAGAAGACCUGGGUUCCUGUAUGUCGUAUCACAGCGUGGUCACACUUACCUGAGACCCGUAGCUCUCCUCUUGGCUCCAGGCAAACCAUUGUCACAGUCCUUGAGCCAUUCACCCUCUUAGCACUAGAGACAAUCAAAUCCAUCCUUUAAAGAACAGUUAUGUCCAAGAAAUGAAUGUUCCUGAUUCUCUUUUAUCUAUACCAGCUGUUUUGAACUCUUAGUCUGGGUCUUUGCAGUGUCUUACAUUCCCAGCUUGUUGCUUUGGUCCACAGCACCCAAGAAGGUUGGAAGCUAGUUCUUUCUCUGUCUUCCUUUCCAUGGGCCUUUUUACAGUUCCCUCUUUUCUGAAGCUAGGAAUAUCUCACAGGUCAAAAUCAUGUUCUCAGCAGUCAUUCUGAGCAGUAAAAUAAAAUAACUAUGAUUUAUGAAGUAGUUUACAAAAGACUUCCACAUGCAUUUUUUCAUCCCCAGACAGUCUUAGGAGUGUAACAGUAAGUUGAGAUCCACCAAGGUUAAGUGGAUAGGCACACAAAUAGAAAAUGUGGGGAGUUGGGAUUCAAACUGAGCCACUUGGCUCCACAUCUCUCACCAUGACGCUAUACUGUGGCGCCUCCUGGGUUGUUCCCUGCCUGGAGAGCACAGAAGAGAAGGAAGGGGAAAACAGGUCACUUUCACCUACACAGUCAUGUAGUCCCUACCCAUCAACUAAGUGGGCAUAUUAAACUAAGAGAAGUAACACUGUUUUCUUAUGCAGAAAACUAUGCAAUCCACAAGGAGAUUUGCCCAGAAAAAAUUCCUGCCAGGGGCUGCAGUGUGGGUGAGCUGGCUGUCACUCACCAGCUUUUAGCACACUAUUGGUAAUCAGUGGAGUAGGAAAUCUACUCUCCUGGUCUCAGAAUCCCUGAAACACCAAGAGCACAAAAGGGGGAGGAAAGCAAGCAUCCCACAGCUGAGGUCGCAGCUGAGCAAGGCCCUGCCACCCGCCACCUCUCAAUGCAGCAGGACCAGCCCAUGGGGCGGAGGCACUGGAAACAAUGGCUUUCCAAGCUCCAGUUGGCACAUUGACUAUUCUUGUUAGAACUGAGGGCACAAUUAAACAUUGCCAGAGCCAGCUCCCAACUGAGUUGCAAAAAAAGAUGUAAACACACACACACACACACACAGACCUGCUACACUCACACAUGCUUCAAGCUGAAAAGAAAAUUAAUCAAAACCCCAAUGAAUGCCUGAACUCUAUAAUUAAGCCUAAAUGAUCCUUACAUAGAAAGGGAGCGGAGUGAGCUAGCUCAGUGCCCAGAGAUAUUUUUACCCCAGAGUCUUAUUGCCAUUAGUUUCUUUUGAGAUCUUGAGUACGUCUGGUUCCAGUUUCUUAGUUAGGACAUCUGCCUAUGGAAGGCCUUCAGAAGAGUUGCCAGCUCAGUGACUAGAGGACAGCGAAGGUUGUUUGGCCAUUUUUAAACACUCAUAAGAAUGCCUCUGGAGAGAUGGAGUCCUGCUGCUUACCUUGGUUAGCCAUGCUCCCUUCCAUGAUGGAUCCCGUUACUAAUUAACCUCAGUCCUCCUAACAAUUCCUUUGAGGUCUACAGCACUUUACAGCUUACAAAGGGUGCUUUCUUCCCUUUACAUAGAGUGUAAAACAUCUCUAUUCAAGUUAGAAAUUCUUAGUAUUGGUCUAAUCCUUAUAUUCUUAUUAACAACAAUAAUUCCCAUUUGAUUAGUUUGUUGCAGUUUGCAUAGCACAGACACAAAUACUUUUUGAUUUGAUUCUCAACAAUCUUGUAAGGUCUAAUUUAUAUCCCCAUUUUACAGAUGAGAGACUUGAAGGUCAAGUGGCCUGUCCAAGGUCACACUACUACCAAUGGUGCUCUUAAGAUUUGAAUUUCAGUCUUCUGGCUCCUCCCCUUUCCUCCACUCUCAUGGAGCAUUUUCUCCACUGCUAUUCCUCAGGAGGGGUGACUCACUUGCAGGGGAAGUCUGUGCACAGCCGCCCUAAUUGAUCUCUGGGUGCACUUUGACCAGGCAGUGUAAACUCUCCUGAGGAAUCUGGGUUCAGCAGUCUUAGGCUCUGUGUUUUCAGUGACUUCUCUCUUCUUCCAUGUUGGAAAGGAGGCCUACUUGGGUGCUCUGAGGUCAGAGGCCAGAGCCCAGGGCCUCUGAAUGACCUGAAUCUUCUAAACCCAGCUGAUGAACUAGACCAUCAACAAAUCAUGUCAUUCAUCUCAGCCUGUUUCCUCCUUUGCUAACUGAGCCGCUAACACAGCCCAGCCAACAUUGUAGUCAGGAAGACACAGUGAUGUGAUGUCUGGAAACACUCCAAAAUGUCUGAAGUGCUGCCUGAUGUAAGGUCUUGUCGUGUCAGUAGAAUCAUGGGGUCCAGGAAGAGUUGCAGGCUCUCAAGCCCCAUCAGAUUGGAAGCCCAAGACCAUCUCAGGGAAGCCCACUGUCCCUGCCAGGGGAGGCCUGGCUUUGUUGGGAAUGGUGGGGAUCUCGAGUUCACCCUGCCCCCAGAUAUCUUGUUGGUGAGGCCUGGACCCUGGCAGGCAAGGAAAGAAAGCAGAUCUCUACAUAGCCCUGUAGAAAGCAGCUCUAGGAAGAAUUUAUAGCUGGAACUCCAAGAGAUCUUUCAGAAAGGAAAAGAGGCUGAUCAAAUCUGGGCCAGACUUGAAAUCCCAAAAUGAUUUGCCUAUUUAAACCUCCUACAGAAGCCAGCCAAGGACAGCUACAUUUUUCCUAUCAUGGGCUCAGGCAAAAAAUACAGAGGGGAAAAUUAUUCUUAUUAUUAUAUGUAUACAUAUCUUUAUGUGGGUCUCCACUGGCCUGUCUGUCUCUACACAUUUCCCAUCUCUACAAGAUGCACCAGAUCUUGGCUGGGACUCCAAGUUUGUAAUGUUACAGAUUUGGUCACAUGGGUGCACAUAAAAGGAGGAAAUACUUCUUCCUACACUGCCCCCCACCCCCCAAGCUGUCUCACCACGCUGGAAAUAUAAUUGGCUAUGGCCCCUCUCUCUGCCUGCCCUGCCUGUUAAGGCCCUAUUCCACAUGCCCCACCCUGGACCAGCCACAGAGCUUGCUUCAGGGCUGCUUCCCAAGGUCCCCUGCUCCCACAUCCCAAUCUGUGCCUCACUCCCAGGUUGGCCGCACCACAGAAUUUCUGGGAUGAAAGGCAAUUUUGCUCAGCUGGAUAGUGAUCCCAAAAAGAACCUACUAUCUUUUCUCAACAAAACAAACAUGAAGUCAGGCCUUUGGGCAGCAGGUCACAUGGCCAUGCAAAGGAGGCUCUUCUCUGCCUCCCACUCCUAUCUGUCCUUCACUAACCCAGAAAAUGUGGCCUGACCCUUAAAACAGCUGAAUACUGGGUCAGAAAUGCCCAAGAGAAGGGAAAAUAGACGUUCAACUUAUAGGAGAAGGGAGAAGGCCAAGACGCAGCCUAGCUGCAUGCAGACCUCCCUGGGGAUUGUGAGGGGCUCUGAUAGUGCACAUGAAGCAUCUGAAUAGAGAGAUGGCUAAGCAUGGGGGCUGGGCUCAGACUGGCUGAGACCCCACAUCACUGGGAGCAAGGAGGAUACAAGAGAGAGGAUGGAAUGCUUUACUUCCAGCCAGACAUAAACCAACCAAGGUGCCUGCCCUGGAAAAUCUAAGAAGGCACUCACUCCUGUUUGCAAACACUCAUUCUGCAUCUGCUGAGAGGGAGGCCCCUUCAGUGUCUGCCCUGGGCACCCGGAUUGCUCACCCCAGGCCCAGCCCUGUUUCAUGCCUUCUUCUAUGCAUUGUUCUCUUCACAGGAAGAGCAGAUAUGGGAAGGUACUGUGAGUUCCUUCUGGAGACUCACUCUUAAAACAAAUAUUUAUAAGAGGUGUUCACUCUUGUAGGCUAAACAGAGUCUGCAGAUAGACAAUAUUCACAGGAAACUUCAGGAGCUACUCAUUUUCCCUUUGGAGUCACACAUCUCAGAAAACCCAGGGACCUUGGCAAGAGGUCCCUUUGUCUGUCUGGCCCAAGAGAUCAGUAAGGAUGGGUAAGGAGACAAGGCAGCACUCUGUCAAGCUCUUUGAGCUCUUCCAAGGAAAGGCAUUGGGGAAAACCUACAGCUGCAUCAGUGCAUACAUGGCUCUGGUGAUGAGAGGAGCAGCUGAUCAUCUCUCCAUCUGCUCUCAUCCCCUCACCCCCCUCUUCAAACCAAUUAGACUAUUCCACACAGACAUGAUCCAGUGAAAUAUUAAUUGGAAAAAUAACAGGAAAGAUAAUACAUGCACUUCAGGCUGAGAACUAUUUCAUUAAACUGGGCUUAGAAAGCAAGACAGCCAAUUAGAUUAUUUCCCACUUCAUUCCCUCACAUACCAGAAACUAUAGAAAGCUAUUAUUACUAAUUAAUUAGGAAAGAAAGGACUCUGUGUGUGCAUAUCCAAUGAACAGGGACCAAGGCACUAUCCCACCUACCUCUCCAUGCACAGUGCUUAUGCAUACACACAGUGUACAUACAUGCGCAUGCGCGUGUGCACACACACACACACACACACACACACACACACACAUCAGGGACUAAAGACUCACUAUCUCACCGGAAGAAAUAACAAGAAAAUACCACCUCCGAAAAGCCAUUCACAAUAGCAAAGAGAAAUGCUAUCUUUGGGCGUGUUUAUCGUAAAGGAAAUGGGCCAUUUCUUAUGAGAGAAUGCUGCUAAGUCACUUUAAUCGUGUCCAACUCUGUGUGACCCCAGAGACGGCAGCCCACCAGGCUCCUCUGCCUUUGGGAUUUUCCAGGCAAGAGUACUGGAGUGGGGUGCCAUUGCCUUCUCCAUAUGAGAGAAUAACCAACUCUAAACUCAGUUGGAUUCCAAACUUUCUGCAGCCAGAACAAUCUUGUCUUUUCCUCUUCAGUAGAGAAAGAGUCAUUUCCCAAGCCUAUUUCAAGUGCUCAGGAGGUCUUCUGGAUGCAGAAACCUGAUAUUGGCCUGAUAUUGAAUUGACUUUAUUAGGCAAGACUUCUCAUACAGAUCACCUGCACUUUUCCAUCUAUAAAAUGGGAAGAAAACCUGUCCUCAGUGCCACAGUCACUCCUUUAAAGUUUUUAGGUUUGUGGGAGCACAUUGACAGAGAACUCUAAGCUUCUUGUGCCUUGCCUUGGGGAAAAUUGGUAGAUGAAACUCAACUAUGUAGUUGAAAAAAAUUUUUGUGCAAAAAUUAUGCUAAUCUAAAGGCAUCCUUAUUGUAUAACUAAUAUAACAGGAAUAUGAUAAUAAAUAUAAUAGUCAUAUAAAGUGGUCAUCACGAUGAUGUGACUUUUGCACACAAGUAUCUCUCCACUGUGGUCCAUGAGCAGUAGACAGAUUCCGAGGUUGUCUCCAAGCCUCUGCACACCUGUAUCCACUCAGUACCCCACUCUUCCCCAUCACACACCAUAUGUGUCACUCUGUGGCAUGCGUGACAUCAAAGGCUGGCAGAGCCCAGCACAAUCAGUCUCUCACUGCAGGAAGGGGAACUGGCAUUCAUUGACGAUAGAGCAUGGCAGUUAUUCCAGAGCACAAGAUGAAGGGAGGGACAGUUUCCAGAAUGGCUUCUAAGCUCUUAAGUCCCUAUUUGUAUAUAUAAUGGGGUUGUCUGCAAACUUCAAACAGUUGGAACACGUUUAUUUCACCAUCUCUAUAAGAAUUUGAGAUUUUGUUUUUCUUUCUGAAACUGACACCAUGCCUAAAAUCUGAAUGCAACAGUGUUCAUUUGGAAUCACAAAAACUCAUUGUGCCAUUAUAGUAGUACAUUGCUAUAACCAACCCUGCCUAUCAACAAUCCAAUGAUACAAAGCAUAAACAAAUGGUCAGGAAAGCAAGAGGAGGAUGUCCAAUGCUUGGAUUUAUCUCAAAGAAACUCCUUUCAUGCAUUCAAAAAUACCCUUUUUAUUUUAAAAAUUUGGUUCCCUUCUUCUUUAGGACCACAACUUACCAUAUAUGCAAGUACUCCCCAAAAAUAGUCUUUUAAAAAAAAGGAAAAUUGAUCAACAACUUUAAGUUGAGUAAUACAGAUUCACAUUCAAAAUGUUUGAGCAAAGCUCGAAUAUAUGCCCAUGCACAGGUAUACUGGGAGGGCCAUAGAUAGAGUUCUGGUGAAUCAGCUAUUCUUACAAAUUACCUUGUGCCUUUGGAUGCUGAGAACCAAAGCCAUGGAGGGUCUGGAAUUCCCACCCAUUUCUGUAGACCCUUUUGUGCCUUGCUAAUGGGUUACAUUUAUAGAUGAUCUAGAAUCUAAUAUUGUUUUUGCUUAAAAACCACAUAAAUACUAUAGACUGUCUUGACAGAGCAAUGCAUAUGUAAAUAAGUACUCAUAAUUUUGCAUAAAAAUCUCAGGGUCAUUGUCUCCUUGCAAUCUAUUUACGAAGCCCAGGUUAUAAACAUCUGCUUUUAAGGAAAAACAUUCUUUGGCCACUGUCUUAAUGCCCAUUUUAUUUACAUGUCUCCAUGUC